AUGGCCGCAUUUGCUCAAGGCAGUGCAUCUGAGGAAGGGUUUGAGUUGUUUUCAGCUUUGAAUGGCUAUAGAAGGGAACUUGACAUUGAAGUACCAACUGUAUUUUCGGUGCAGCUGGAAUGGAUUUUGUUUGCAAGGGUAAUUGUUGCUUCAGCUCGUCCAACUCUAUACCGUAUCCGCACUUCUGAGCUCGCCGUCAAUCUCACGAGAAAUAUCAAAGAGUGCUGCCAUCCUCCUUCUAAUACCCCUUCUGAGUCCACUGCCACCCCGCUCCAAGCUCUCAAAGAGCAAUUGAUCGUUGUCAAAGCCAAACACGCAAAGGCAUCUGGCACCAAAUCCGAGGCAACUCUGGCCCUAGGGAAAGAGAAUGCCAAACCAGCGAAGCACACGAAGAACAAGGGGGAGAAAUCUGAACCUGAGAUCAAGAAAGAAGAGAGUGAUUGUGUAUGGUGGGCGGACUCAAAGUUCACACACCUGACAGACACGCUCCUCACCAAGAUUGAAGACAGCCUUCAGUAUCGAAAGGUUUUUGGAUUCUCGGUUGGUGACAUGAUGGUCACUGCAGGUGAUCUCAACACCAUCAAGACUACCUAUCAACAUUACCGAAAGAGGUUGGGUGAGACAGGUCACAGAUUGAUUGAGUCGAAUCGCAAGGCAGAGAUCACAAGCGGUACUGCGAUUUGCAACCACUCAAGCCUUACUUACCAACCAACAGAGCAAAUUGAGAGCAAAUUCAAAUGGUACAAGCGCCUUCACGCUCUUUUGAGUAGCAGCCUGGUCCACAACCUCUCCGGUCUUGCAAACAGCGCAACCCCUGUCGAUCUCGAUGUUUUAUCCCAUGGAAGAGGCGCUGAUGAGGAGGAUAUUGAAGCUGGGGAAGCCACAGUGCAAAACAAUGAGGACAUGGAUAUCGAUGAUCCUUGCUCCACAAGCACAGUCCAAAUUCCCCGUGCUUCUUCCCCAGACUGGGAUGAUGACCAAAUCGACGCCAGCUUUGCAAACCAGAGCAUGGAGGUCAAUACCCCUACAUCUCCCCAUUCUGAAUCUGUACCCACUGCACCAUCAUCUCAAACCCCUCCACCUUGUGCCCCUUUGCCUCUGCCUGCCGCUUCACAGUCAAAAGGUGCACCGGAGACACCAAAGAUCAAUUCUUUGAAGCGCAAACACCCUUUUGAUAUGCUCAAGGACAUCAACGAGUCUGUUCAGCGUGUCAAGGUUGAAACUAUCGAAAUACAGGCAAGGUCAAAGCUUGAGAGAGAGAAACUUCGACUUUUGGCUGAGAAGGAACAAGAAAUCUGUCAGCUAGAGGAUGCACGUGAGCGUUGCGAGCAUGAGCAGUUCAUGGCCGAAAGGCAGCUCGAAAUGCUUUGCUUACAGGCUGCAGUUGCUGGUGCAGGUGGUGUUGUGCCCGAGCUCCCUAAGUAA